AUGCCGCUCCGCUCGCGACAGAAGGCGCGGCUAGAAAUGGUCGUCUCAGACAAGGACUUGGAAUUCUAUCCCGGCACCUGGUCACUCAACCAAGAGAUCGAAGGAGCUAAGAACACAUUCUUCGUCACCCUAAACCCCGACAGCACCGUCUCCCUGCCCCCUGACGUCGGUCCUGACAACACCGAUAGCAAGAUUCGCUGGACUGUGAAGCAUAAAGACUUUGUACUGGCUGUUCCAAAGCGAAGCACGCUGUCGACCAUCUUUGACGACAGAGAGUACGUCGGAACUCCUGCCAUGGAGGACAACACUAUCCGAGGGACCAUCAUGGACGGGGAGUCGGACCCUGAGUUCGUCGGCAGAUUCAGCAUGUCCAAGAUAGCAGCAUACUCACCAGGCAGCGGUGCAUCGAGCAGCUUGGAGUGGGACGGGAGGGAGGACGAAGAAGUUUGGUUUGACGAGGAAUAG